ACUGUCACACUUGUCCUAAAUACACAUGAUUGUACGCUAAAAAUGAAAUCCUAAAAUAGUAUUGUUAUUAAGUGUAAUAUUGAUAAAUGGGAUCCAUUUAAACAUAUAUAUUAACAGCACAGUUCUAUUGACCUAUAAUAUUGGUCAGUUAGCGACAUGACGAGUCGACGAAAAGAUUACAUAUUUGAGCCAUUUAAGGUUACAGAAGUUAAAUAUCGGGGUUUUGAAAGUCCUAGACCUCGCAGUGGGCAUAGAAUUGCAUGUGAUGAUGCAAAUAUUUAUUGUUUUGGUGGUUACAAUCCUUCGUUACCCCUGACUAACAUUCAAUUGGAUAAUCCUACUUGGACGCCGGCGCGGCCACUAUUUAAGGAGUUGUGGAGUUUUUCUAUAGCUAGUCGGAAAUGGAAACAGCACAGAGUAAUCGAAAACAUGCCGGAAGAAUUAGCUUCCAACGCGAUGUGCAUGAAUGGCCGCUAUCUAAUGAUAUUUGGAGGGACAGGUGCACCCUUUGGCAACAGAUGUAGCAAUGAUGUUAUUGUAUGGCGCACAUGUAACGAAGAUGCUAGGCUGCAAGUCUUAGAAGUGUCUGGGCCCAGACCACCAGGCCAGUAUGGCCAAGCAAUAUUGUGUCAUGAAGGAAGUUUCUAUACAGUUGGUGGAACUAAUGGAUUUGCAUAUAACUGUGAUAUUUAUAGAUUAGACCUACGAACAUUGACAUGGGAACCAGUGUUUGUUGGUACAGGACAAGAAGGCGAGCCUCUAGGCAGAUACAGACAUGAAAUAUCCCGUGUUGGUAAUAAACUGUACAUCAUAGGAGGUGGAACUGGAGAAUGGGCAUUUGAACUUAUGGAAAUACCCAUGUUUGAUUUUGAAAAGAAUACUUGGUCAAUAUUGACUCCAAAGGCUGAUGACAGUUCCAAAGACACUAUUACUCCAUUACCUAGGAAGUGCCAUAGUGCAGUGCAAAUUGAUACUCCAAAUGGCGUUCAAGUGUUUGUGGCAGGCGGUUCAGACGGACAAUCAGUGUUUGAAGAUAUUUGGAGGUUAAGUAUCUCUGACCUUCAGUGGACUCUGAUGCAAAAGACAGUGUUACCACAUCCAUUAUACUUUCAUUCAUCAACAGUCACUUCUUAUGGUUGUAUGUAUGUGUUUGGUGGUAUAGAGCCCAAGGAAGACGCAACUAGUAGAAAUAAUAUUCUUUAUAAGGUGUGGUUAUGUGUACCUAAAUUAAGUGAAAUUUGCUGGGAAGCACUAUUGCAUUUUCAUCCUAACCUGGAUCAGGUAGAUGGCAGAUCAUUGUUGAACAUUGGGGUUCCAGGUCACUUUGUACAAAGGUUACAUAUCCAGUGAUAAUGUUUUUUUGCUGUGAGCAAUGUUGUGUUCCAUUUAUAUAUUUGUUCAAUUGUCCACCUGAACAUUUAAUGACAAAUAUAAAUUAAUCAUUUGUAUUAUAACUUUAA